CUGUAGGAAGUUUUUGAUCUGGUUUCGAUGCCCAGCUAUUUUUUCGAGGGACUGCAUGGCAAUGAUCUGACAUCACAUGAUGAUUGUGUCAUUUGUUGUUAUUUAGUUGCAAUAGCUGUUAUUGAAAAUGUCAUGUUUAAUUAAAAAUUAAGUUAUAUGAAUUAAAGAUUUUGUUUUGGCCGACUGUGAUUUCAUUUUCUAUUUAACUUCCUCCGUUUCAAGUUCCUCUUAUUCAUAAUGAAACAAAUUUGUGUUUUUUCAAUAUUUAUUCUUCUAAACUUUGCGUCAUGCACAAGACUUUUUAAAAUUCCUCUCCUCCGAAUGCAGUCUAUUCGUGAACACAUGCACGAAGUUGGAACUCCUAUACAUAUCGUCAAUCAAAAGUGGAGUCAUUUAGAAGCAGGACCUUUUCCCGAGCCUUUAUCUAAUUAUUUAGAUGCCCAAUACUAUGGAGCCAUCAGUAUUGGUACUCCACCACAGCCUUUUAAAGUUGUUUUUGACACUGGAUCAUCAAAUCUUUGGGUGCCUUCAAAGAAGUGUAAAUGGACCAACAUAGCUUGUUUGCUUCAUAAUAAAUACGACAGCUCGCAAUCCAGUACAUAUAAAGAAAAUGGGACUGAAUUGGAGAUUCGAUAUGGCAGUGGAAGCAUGACUGGAUUCUUGAGCACAGAUAUUGUGACAGUUGGUGGCUCUAAAAUUCAAGAUCAAACUUUUGGGGAAGCCAUUACAGAACCUGGUUUAGCAUUUGUUGCAGCCAAGUUUGAUGGAAUUCUUGGUUUAGGUUUCAGUUCUAUUGCCGUUGAUGGAGUGGUUCCGGUUUUUGACAACAUGGUUAAACAAAAGCUUGUAGAUAGUCCAAUAUUCUCUUUUUAUUUAAACAGAGAUCCAAAGGCUGAAGUUGGUGGUGAAAUAAUUUUUGGUGGUAGUGAUCCUGAUCAUUACAAAGGCAAUUUUACUUAUGUACCUGUUGAUAGAUGUGGAUACUGGCAGUUCCCCAUGGAUGGUUUGUCGAUCAAUGGAAAAACGGGUGUUUAUUGUGCUGGUGGAUGUGAAGCUAUUGCAGAUACAGGCACCUCACUCAUUGCGGGACCUGUUGCAGAAGUUGAGAAAUUAAAUAAAGAAUUAGGUGCCACCCCUUUAGUUCAAGGAGAGUACAUGAUUGACUGUGAUCUAAUUCCAAAGUUGCCGAAAAUCUCUCUUACUUUUGGCGGAAGAAAUUUUGAUUUACAAGGAUCUGAUUAUGUACUCAAGGUGUCUCAACUAGGGAAAACAGUGUGUUUGAGUGGAUUUAUUGGCUUGGAUGUUCCAAAACCGAUGGGCCCCCUGUGGAUUCUUGGAGAUGUUUUUAUUGGGCGUUAUUACACAGAGUUUGACCAAGGAAACAGUAGAGUUGGUUUUGCUGACACUGUUUAGUAAUAGCAAUUAUCUGUAUUAGCAUUUAUUUUGUCUUUAUGUAUCUCUCAUAUAUUCUGAGAUUACUUAAUAAAUAUGUUAAACAUUUUA